UCACGGUGGAAUAACAGGAGUCGCGCUGGCCCGUCAACGCUUUCUAACUUUCGAAGGAACGGCAACAGAUAGUGAAUUCCCAUCACAUUCCACGUAUGUUGUCUACAUUCACGCUAUUCUCACUGCCACCAAAGAUGUUCACUCGACCGCGACAGGAUGCAUGAUGUAACGCAAUCAGAGUGCGUACAUCGCCUGAUCAAUAGCAGCUGAGUGCAUUUACAGUAGCCGUGUUUAACAAUGGGUUCGGCAGGAUCACGCCGCAGUACCACUGUGGCGGCAACUGAUGCCCAGGAGCAGCAACAGCCGCAGGUAGAAGAGCCAGAUGAGGACGGAAGCCCCCGAAUUGUCUUCAUUACUGGUUGCUCAACUGGCAUCGGCCUGGCAACAGCAGUUGUUCUUGCAAGCGACGCAGACAAGCGAUUUAAGGUUUAUGCCACAAUGAGAAAUCUCGGAAAGAAAGCAGCUUUGGAAGAAGCCGCUGGGAAAACUCUCGGCGAAUCACUAUUUAUAAAAGAAUUGGACGUAUGCAGUGAAGAAGCCGUUAACAGUUUGGUAAAAGAGAUUGAGAGUGAAGAGGGAAGAAUCGAUGUGCUCGUGAACAACGCAGGACAAGGCCUGGUGAGUGUAUUUGAAUGCAUACCAAUUGACAAAGCGCAAAACCUGUUCGAUGCAAACUUCUUUGGGGUCAUGCGAGUUCUCAAAGCUGCUUUACCGGGCAUGAAAGCAAGAAAGAAGGGUCGCAUUAUCAAUGUGAGCAGUAUCAUCGGAGUGAACGGACACCCAUUCAGUGAAAUAUACAGCGCUUCUAAAUUCGCCUUGGAAGGUCUGACGGAGAGCCUGGCUCCAACACUGAGGAAAUUCAACAUCAGGUGUUCUCUGGUUGAGCCUGGACCAGUGACAACCUCAUUCAACAACAAUGCCAAGUCACUGAGAGAGGGAAUCGACUCAUCCACAGCGGACGACAAGACCCAGGCCUUGUUACAGGAGGCUUUAAAAGAAAUGUACCGUACUGUCACUGAGCACAGCCAGACAGCCGAGGAAGUGGCCGACAUUAUCAAAAACGUGAUACUCAGUAGAGCGCCUCAUUUGCGAUACCAAACAAAUUCUCAGUACGCACCGGGAGAGGUACAAGCCAAGUUUUCUGAUGCGACAGGAGACAAAGCUAUCGAUCUCAUGGAAAAAAGAUUUUACCCGGAGACAAAGUAGUAGAGUUUUAAGACCAAAGAGUUCGCAACCGAACCCGACUGCAUUUCGCAGUCCAAGGGAUUCGGAGAUAAUAAUCACUUUUUUAUUUCAUUAUUUUUAUAUCUAACAUGGUCAUAUUUCUUUUUAUAAAAUAUAUAUCUAAAUAGAAGUAGUGAUAGACAUAUUCCGUCAAACCAGCAAAGGAAAACGUCAACAUUUUAGAAAAGGCCUUAAGAUGUCUGAAUCGAAACAAUCAUAAAAUGGUAUGUUUAUUAUAUUAUUCAGUCCAAUUAUUCCUUACCUGCAUAGCUCUGAGAGCCACAACAAACGCAUCCAAAGAUAACUGGUGAGUUUUCAGCAGAAGAGCCCUGAGAAUACAUAUAAACACAAUCAUCUCAGUCGGUUUACAGGAUCUAUAACGAAAUUCUCUCUUCUGGCAGCCAUAUAUUUCCUUAACACGAUUACUGAGAAUUUGGUGUUAUCAUGUCCGUGUAAAACCCCUCAGUUAACCCUUUACUUCCCAACAUCAGUAUGUACAUUCUCCACACAGUUCUCUAUACAUUUCCUAAGGUGCAGACAAGGGGAAUUUGUUUAACAAUCAAGAGCUUGUUUAGUUGGUGAUCAUUUCUGUUUUUCUCAUGACUUUAAUGUGUGAUUCAAGAGUGAUAUUGUAAGGAGAAAUUAGAUGCUAGUUACUCUAACGGAUCAAAGGGUUGAUAAGUUUGUUCAUUCUAGUCACCUGUGUACUAACGUAUCUAAAUUGUAAAGAGAAGUUACCCUAUAUAUCCAAGUAAUAUCCAACAGAGCGUCGAAAGUCAUCCGGGAUUAAAGAGUAAGAGAGAUGGUAUGUUUUGAGCUCGGUAAAGAAAUAGAGAAAGAUGUUUUUUUCGUCUUGUCCGAGCAGUAUGUAGGACGUGUGUCAUAUGAACUUCGUAAUAGACCUCGGUCAUCCGUAGAGUCUCUGUGGUUCAGUGGGUAGAGCAACGGAGCACGGAAUCCGAAGGUCUGAGGUUCCAUUCCUCAUAGGACUCAGAAUUUUUUCUUUGUCCCACGCUCGUAACAAGACGAAAAAACACCUUUCUCUAAUCUAGGAUUGAAGACGAGUUUAUCUCGAGUGCUAUUUCACUCCAAAACGAAACCAUUAAGACACAAAAGUUCGAUGAAAGUUUUUAAGACCUCAACAUUUUCUUGAAAGUCAGUUUAGAAAAACAGAAGAGUAUGACAGUUUCCUUUAAUUUGUAUCUGCAAAAGACACUUCGAUAGAUAAAAAUAUUUAUUCAAGACUUCUAAAACUUACACUUUCUUGAAUAAGUUCCUAUAUGUUAUAAUCUUUAGCUUCUCCAGAAUAAGGUAAACACCACACUGGAUGAAAAAUCCCUGAAAAUUGAAAAAAGGCAAUUUAUAUUUGAUAUAAUAAGAGAGGAGUGGAAAACGCACUGCCCAGUGGUCAGAGCACUAGACUCAGGGUCGAGAGGUCUAGGUUCGAGACCGGUGCCGGCUCAAUGUGUUGUGUUCUUAGGCUGAACACUUUACCCCCCCAAUGCUUCUCUUCACUCAGGAGUAUAAAUGGGUACCUGCGAAUUGUCACGGAAACCUGAUGAAAUGCUGGGGGAUAACCUUGCAAUGGACUAUCAUCGCAUUCAGGGGGGAGUGGUAAUACUUCUUGUCGCUUCGCUACAUGGAAACCAGGAUAAGCUACAGCUGGGUGGGCCAAUAGGUUGAGUACAGACUUUACUUUUAGUAAAAUAUGAGGAAAGUAGAAAAAUGAA